UCCAUGAGUGUGUCAAAAGUUCAAAAGGUAUUCUCAUAUCAUUUAUAUGACAGUUAUUCUUCCGAUUUUCCUAUUACAAAAAUCUAGACCUAAGUAGUCCAUAUCCGUCCUUCUAAGUAAUUAUCAAAAUCCUAAUUUCAAGGCUAGAGAUAUGACUACCACCCACACCAUGCAUUAUAUCACUAAACCACCUUGCGAUCCCAAAAUAAUGACUUUCGGAGCAUUUCACACUGAUCAUAUGUUAGAAGUUGAUUGGACUGAAAAAAUGGGGUAAUCAAAUCAAUUUUAUGGUUAAGAUGGUCACGUCCAUAGAUUAUUCCUUUUAAAAGUUUCUCCAUCCAUCCAUUUGCUGCUUGCUUACAUUAUGCCAUUGAAUGUUUUGAAGGAGCUAAAGUAUUUACAAAUAUAGAUUAUUAUUAGGCAUACAAAGGACCAAACAAAUCUAUCAGAACAUUUAGAUUGGAUUGUAAUAUGUACAGAAUGAAACAAUCAGCAAAGAGACUCUCAUUACCUGACUUUGAUGGAGCUGAAUUAUAAAAAUGCAUUGAAGGUUUAUUGAAAGUGGAUCAGGAUUGGAUACCUGACAGACCAGGAUUUAGUUGUUACAUUAGACCAACCAUUAUAGCAACAGAAGAAGCUUUAGGUGUGAGAGCAUCAAGCAGAGCAAAAUUAUUUGUUGUUUUAUGUCCUGUAGGUCCAUAUUUUCCAUCUGGACUGAAACCAGUUAGAGUAUUUUGUAAUACCACAACAGUAAUAAAUUCAAUGAUUAAUAUAGAUUCGUUCAGCUCCAGGAGGUGUUGGAGGAUAUAAAGUUGCAGGUAAUUAUGCACCAACUGUCAUGCCUUUAAAAGAAGUUUAAUAAAUUGGAUUCCACCAAAAUUUAUGGAUGUUACCAGAUGGAUUGGUUUAAGAGAUGGGAGUUUGUAAUUUGUUUUUCUUUUGGACUAAUAAAUAAGGAGAAAGAGAAUUGGUUACACCUUAAUUAGAUGGUACCAUAUUACCAGGAAUAGUCAGAGAUUCAUUACUUGUAAUAUAUUCAAUUUUAUUUCAGGAAUUAACUAGAGAAAUGAAUUAAUUUAAAGUUAUAGAAAAGAAAUUGUACAUUUAAGAAGUUAUAGAAGCAAUAAGUGAAGGAAGAGUAAUUAAAAAUAAUAUAUUAAUUUUUAGAUGAUUGAAAUGUUUGGAUCAGGUACUGCUGUCAGCAUUCAACCAAUCGAAGCUAUUGGAUAUAAUGAUAAAAUCUAUGAAGUUAAGUAUGAUCCUAAAUUAAAUGCUGGUGAGUUGUCACACAAGUUGUUUGAUAUGAUCACUGAGAUUCAAGUAUUUUAUUAUUAUUAUUAUUUCAUAAGACUGGAGGCAAACCACAUAAAUGGAUUAAUGUUGUGUGAAA